UUUAAUUGAGCCCAGAGGAAAGAAAAAAUCGAUUUUUGCCUAUUUUAAGUGGAAAACACAGAUAACAGACAGUCAUGAUGAAUAUUUGAAGCAAAUUUUUUAUUAAAAAAAAAAAAUUUUGUUUCAAAGGAGUCUUCAAUUAUUAAUACAAAAUUUGAAGGAGGGACGAGGAGGGCUAAUGAAAGGAUUUAAAGAAAAGUAAAAGAAAGUGAGAACUGGAGUAAACUCGUUGCAUUUUUUGUAACAUUUGUGAUAAUUAAUAAUAAUAAUAAUAAUAAAUUUUUAAUAUUAACAUUUUAAGUACAAAUUAGUUAAUGAGCAUAAAGACACCAACACCAAUAAAAUAACUUUUAAGAGUUUUACUUAACAUUUCCAAGUCAAUGGCACUUUUUUAAUAUCAAUCAGUUUUGAGAACAUUUAGUUUCUUACACAAAAACAAAGUGCAAUAAAAUACAGUGUUUACAUUCCCUGCGUGUUAAAGAAAAAAAAAAACAAAAGACAACAAUGGCUGACGAAAUGUACUAGGCCAGCCCUCACAAUGUCUGUCCCUGUACGCUACUCUGCUGCCACCAAUUACGCCGCCGCUGAUAGUGGUUUUUCAAAUACGCUUAACGGCCGAGAGGAAGAGCAAUACCAGCCACAAUAUCAUUGCAUUCCGCAAGAGCAAGUAUAUAGCAGCGAUUUGUAUAACCAUCGUAGCCAGAUCAGUCGGAAUUGCAAUUUUAGCAGCGUUUUGGAGGAGCAGCAGCAGUUGAUGCAGCAGAGGUCAUCGAUGGCGUUGUCGGUUAAGCCGGAAAACCUAAUAGAAGUGGAUAUCUCAAUACCUGCCCGUCUGCAAAUCAAUGCAAUGGAUCAAGAGCAGGCAACAACUUCGGCCAAAGCUCGUGAAAUGUUAUUGAAUGCUCAAAUGAUGCAACAACAAGAAUCGCAGACAAACGACACCGUCGCUGCAGCUAUAGCGGCAGCAACAAUAGAUUCUACAAUUAUUGAGGUUAAUGGCGGCAGCCAUACAACACAAGAGAUGCAAGCUGAGUGGAUAAAGAUGUCUGACGAGGGCCGGAAUGGAAUACCGGGUGCUGCUGGUUUGGACUAUCAGAAGUAUAAACUGGAACAGGAGCAACAAAAAAUCCCUAACAACAAUCAUAUGGACCAAGCCAUGGAGCCUUCGUUAACGGACAAUGAAAAAGAAAAUUCAAAUAAUAAUAAUAAUAACAACAAUAAUAAUACUAACAACAACAACACCAACAACAACAACAGCAACAAUAAUAAUAACAAUAACGGGAAUGUGGAAGAUGAACUUCUAAAAAUGUCAACCGAGGAACUUUACAAUACGCUCAAGGAAUAUGAUGCUCUACAGGAUAAAUAUCAUACAGUUUUAUUGCUGCCCAAGGAAUCAAAGCGUGAAGUUACGGCCGGUGGUCGAGAUGGAUCGGCUUAUGUUUUACGUUGCCUUAAAAUCUGGUAUGAGUUACCCUCCGACGUUCUGUUUUCGGCCAUGAGUUUAGUUGAUCGUUUCUUGGAUCGUAUGGCUGUUAAGCCUAAGCAUAUGGCUUGCAUGAGUGUAGCCAGUUUCCAUUUGGCCAUUAAACAAUUAAACCUGAAGCUAAUACCCGCCGAAGAUUUGGUUACAAUAUCUCAAUGUGGUUGUACCGCUGGCGAUUUGGAACGCAUGGCCGGUGUAAUUGCUAGCAAAUUGGGAGUACAAAUGGGUCAUGUACCUAUUACUUCGGUCAGCUAUUUGCGCAUUUAUUACGCUCUCUUCCAUCAUUUAGCUAAAGAAAUUGGCGGUCAGUUCUACGAGUUCUAUCAACAGCUAAUAAAACUCGAGGAAUUGGAAAAUCGUUUAGAGAUACUAUUGUGUGAUGUUAAGACCACAGUCAUAACACCGUCCACAUUGGCUUUAGUAUUAAUUUGCCUUCAUUUGGAUUUUCACAUUAAAGAGUCAUAUACUCGCGGCAGUCCCGAACUAAAGCAUGUCUUUGACUACAUACUGUUUCUGCAACAGUACAUGGGUAUCCCAGAUCGUGUUUUCACAUGUGGUUUUAGUAUUGUCUCGGGCAUUCUAUCUCAUUACAAUGGUCAAAACAAGCAGCCAUAUAAGCAACGUUUAGUCUGGAAGCUUUCCAGCCGUACUCUACGGGUUUUGCGUCCCACUAAUCGCUUCACCUCCGACCUGCCCACCAUACAGGAAGGCAUUUCUAAUGCAAUUGAUGAAAGCUGCCGAUCGCGAACCGAAAGUAUUAGUUCCGAGGAGGAGGAAGACUGGCCAACUUCACCUAUAAUUCCAAUAUUCGAAUAGUGUUAGUACGAGUUUUGUCUGUAGGAAAUCUUAACACGGACUCAUUCUUAAUAUGUGUGUGUUUCCUGUUAAUAUCUUCGUAUGGAAUGAAUUGUAGAACGAAAAAGAGAAAAAAAAAAAA